GUGGUGCCUUGUUCCGCGCUCCGGCCCGGGGUAUAUAUUCAUGAAUAACUUAAAUGACCCUCCAAAUUGGAAUAUCCGGCCUAAUACCAGGGAUGAUGGGGGUGAUGGAAGCAAAUGGAAUUAUGCCCUGCUGGUUCCCAUGCUGGGAUUGGCUGCUUUUCGUUGGAUUUGGUCUAGAGAGUCCCAAAAAGAAAUAGAAAAAGAGAGGGAAGCAUACCGCCAGAGAACGGCUGCUUUCCAGCGGGAUCUUGAGGCCAAGUACCAUGCCAUGAUCUCAGAGAACCGACGUGCCGUUGCUCAGCUGUCUUUGGAACUUGAAAAGGAAAAAAACAGAACAACUAGUUAUCGAGAAGCCCUUAUUGCUCAGGGACGCAAGUUGGUGGAAGAAAAGAAGCUUCUGGAACAGGAACGGGCUCAGGUCAUGCAAGAAAAGCAACAGUUGCAGCCCUUGAGAAGUGCGUAUCUGAGGUGCCUGGAAAAGGAAGAAAACUGGCAGAGGAGAGCCCGGCUUCUGCUGAAGGAGUUUGAAGGUGCUCUUUCAGAAAGACAGAGCAUCUACUGCAGCCUGGUUCUCCCUCGCAGCAAGCGACUGGAAAUAGAGAAGAACUUACUGGUCCGAGCAUCCACUGACCCAGUUGCUGUGGACCUAGAAAUGGCAGCUGGCUUGACCGACAUAUUUAAGCAUGACACCUAUUGUGGUGAUGUCUGGAACACCAACAAACGCCAAAAUGGGAGACUCAUGUGGCUGUAUCUCAAAUAUUGGGAACUAAUUGUCGAACUGAAAAAGUUUAAGAAAGUAGAGAAAGCCAUACUAGAAGAGUAAGAGAAGAAUGAAAUAAAACUUCUUUUGAUGACUCAGGUCAGUCUGCCAUUGUGACAUUCUCAGUUAUCUGAUGUUUUCUUUUUCCCUUCUUCCAGUACUGCCUGUGUUGUGGCCACAUGUACAGAGUGGCCUUCCAGUCUGCCACCCUCUGAGGACAGCAGUCCUCAGCAGACAGAGGGUUUCCUCCCUGAUCCUGUAUAGUCAUUAAGGAAGCUGUUUCUCAGAAGCAUUUUUUUAAGCUGUCAGCGUUUUAUUAAGCAAAGAGCAUAACCUCGUAUCUUAGCUCUAGUGUAAAAUUGUUUUUAAGAAAGUGAAAUACAAUAGUGAUCCUCACUAUAAGAAAUUUGCUGUUUUAUCACUCCCUAAACAACUUCUGUUUUUUCCUCAAAUUAUUUUUCUUCAUUCUGAAAUUACAUUUAGAAGUUGUGAGGUAGUGGAUAGAACUGCCUAACCGAUGAUAAUAGGAAAAUACUAAUAUUAUCAAGGUUUUGUAUUAUUUUAAAGACCUCUCCCACCAAAGGGAAAAGGGAUUUCUUGUAGCUGCUUGAUACCCUUGUGUAUGUUUGGAAUUUGGCUUGUGUCUGUGUUCAAUAAACAGAUAUUAUUGAUUAGUGAUGACAUAUAAUAAAAGAUACCUACCA